UUAGCCGGGCUGCCAGACUGCGAAUAUCGGUUUGACAUUCCCAAGUCUUGGUCACACCACAACAUAGACUUAUCGAUAGCAUCACACAGCUAUCGAGCGCUCUGAAUAAAAUACUGUGCAAGUUUUCGCGCGAAUGGACCGAGAUAACCAACCUGUCGACCAGGAGGACGGUGAUGGCCCCGGUCCAAUGCGCUCUUUACACCCCCGCCCAGGCGAGUUCUUUCCUAUGGACAUGUUCUUGGGCGAAGGACCCAUUUGCAAUGUAGAACUACGUAUACCAGGAGACCGAAAGAAGAUGGUGAUAGACGCCAUGAAGGGCAACCCGCUGUUGCCCUAUCUACACCGGUCCGAUGCUAGUUGGUUAGAGCUGUUUUCCCGCCUUGGCCGAGCCAGCUCGGAUUACUGGUGGAGGUGGCUCAUUCGCUGGAGAUCCGCUGCCCGGGGAAAGCUGAGAAGCGGUCAGCCGAUGACCAGCUUGGACAAAAAGCUGCUUCAGUAUUGGGAGGGCACCGAAUGCACCGAAAAAACAGUCUAGGUGCCCUAUGUACAAUAGAAUGUAAAAU